GGGGCAGACAGAUAUCACAAGCGGCGUCCGCACUAUCCAGGCACUCGGGAUUUCGCUGACGAUCCAUGUGUUGUUGACGAAGCCAUUGGCUGAUUGUUUCAUCCCGCGAACAUUAAUUCUCUUCACCUUGCUCCUCCACUAUCGCCUUGCAACCACAGAUCAGAGCUGGAUAAAACCACGGACAUUUGGCGCCAGCUUCCGCGCGUAUUAUCAGCGUCUCAACCUCACCUCUAUCGCACUUCGAGUACACACGCACCCCUAGCAUCGCUCUCUGUAGUCCUCCUCUGCUCAUCCUGAUCAGCACGGGGAUAUCGUCCCGACUAUCUAGUCAACAUGUCACACGACCAUGCCAGCUCAAACAGCGCAGAAGACUGCAAAAUCUCGAUGAUGUGGAACUGGUACACCAUCGACGCCUGCUUCCUCUCCCCAGACUGGCACAUCACCAACCGCGGCUCCUUCGCCGCCACCUGCGUCGGCGUCGUCCUGCUCGUCGUCCUGCUCGAGGCCCUGCGUCGCGCCGGGCGCGAGUUCGACGACUGGAUCGCCAGGGGCUUCCCUGCCGCUGCCGAGGUCGCCGAGACGUGCCCGGCGGCGGAGCGCGGCGCCGCCGCGCGGGCGGUCACGUUCCGGGCGAGCCCCUUGCAGCAGUUUGUCCGGGCGGUGCUGCACGCGGCUACGUUUGGGGUGGCGUAUAUUGUCAUGCUGUUGGCUAUGUACUACAACGGUUACAUUAUCAUGUGUAUCCUGAUCGGCGCUGGGCUGGGCAAGUUUUUGUGCGACUGGAUGACGAGGACGGUCGUGAUUGGGGACAGGGACGGGAAGGCUAGAGGGAUAGAGGAGCCAACAGUUUGUUGUGGUUGA